UAUGUAUUAACUCCGUUGUUGCUGCUUGACUUUCUAUUUUGGACUUUCCUUCCGCUGGUGAUGCUCGCUGACUUUCAUUUACGAUAUUUGCAGCAACUUUAUCUCAUCCUUGUUAAUUAUUCUCCCAAAUCAAGACAUUUGGGUCUCACUGCACUUUUUCACAUGAAAUGUUGUCUUUAUCAGCCUUAAACAUCUUGCAAAAGAUCACUGACUCAUCUGUAGGGCUGUUAGUAAUCAAAUAUUUCCUAACUAAUUCUGACGAAUUGUACUUUCUGGAGAAGGCGGAACCUAAUGGUAAACAAUUUUCAGAAAAGUCUCAUGAUUGGCCAAUUACUAUCUUGCAGAAAGUCUUCCCAGAAGUGUGGAAGCUAUCAUUGGCAUAAUAUGCUCUCUAAUGUCAUUUUUGAACUUUUAGUGCAAUGUGAUAUUUAUAUAUAUUAUGUGAUAUCGUGUAAGGUGAUACUUUGCGGAUGGGAGGGGAAUAAAAAAGUUUAAAAUAACACCAAAUGCCGAGUUAUAUUCCCAGCGGGUCCCUAAAAAUAGCUCAAAUGGACUCUUCAUCUCGUUAAUUCGAGUACAUUGGAACCGGAAUCACUUUUAAAGCUUUCAGUCAACAGAUAGUCCACGUGUGUCUUUUACAAGCCUUCACAGCGAAACACACCCAGACGUUCGCAACGGUCACUCUUAAAAUGUGUGCACUGCGUUUACAUUGCGGCCAAAUGUGCAAAUCUGAUUCUGAUUCAAUUGAGCUUCAGAUGGGCACAUUUUGUUUCGAUUUAAAUGAGCAUGUGCCUUGUCCCCUUAAAAAAACGAAAGUUCAUAGGGCAAGACGGGCCAAAUAUUGACCAUUUUUAAUCCAACAUUUUGCAGAGGCGCGGUGACCUUUUUGAUUAUAAAACCACCUGUGCUCUGUUCGAAAAGCACUCCUAUGGCUACGUUUUUUUUCUUCCCGCGCCGUACUGUGUAAACUGAAAAAGGCCCCUAUAGGUAGACAUCUUGAAAAGAACAAUGUAUGCAAGCGCAAACACACGACGUUCACGUUAUCACCACAAUGACCUGUGCAAAAGCGUACGUGGUUACAAAACAGGAUGUGUUAUUAAAAUAUUCUCACACACCUCUUCUUCCGCCAUCUUGGUAUAAAAUGGCCACUCCUGUUUGUAUUGCGCGUUGCUAACAGGGAAAGUCGGGCAAACAUUUCUUUGCCGUCUGUGUGUAAGCGCACGCGUGCUGGUUAGAUCAGUUUGAAAUUAAAAUGCCUCAAAUAUUUGGAUUGUUGAAAAAAAUAUUAUGUUUGUAUGCCUGAAGGGAAUUUAGCAGAUAGAUAAAUUGCAUCGAGAGCAAAAAUCGGCUCCCUAACAUCAGCUCUGUUAAUCUUGAUGGACUCGCUCAUAUUCCUAUUUGAUGUAACAAUGCUAAAAAGAACAAAAAAAGUUGCCUUACAUUAAAAUAUAUAAAUAUAUAUAUUUAAUAUGUCAUAUUUUUGGGCAAUUCUGAGCCAAGUCACAUGACAAUGUGGUGCACUGUCACAAACGAGCGCGUAACCCGCAAGCUCGUACGGACCUUGAAGCGGCCCUGGACUCAAGGUUUUCCCAUCGGGCUGGAAUGUAGUUAUGUAAGACCCCCCCCGCCCUGCAACCUCGCACCCCACCCUUCACGCCUUUUAAAGAGGCGGCGUAAAGGCUGAUGAUGUCACGGCUUUCCAGGGCUUCGAUAUUAGCAUGUGUGUGUGGAUGCGUGUGUGUGUGACCCACUUUUUGCAGACAAAGACAGCGAAAAAACAAGAAAGAUGGGCGAGCGGAGGCAGAUGGAAAGUUGAGGAAAUCGGGGGGGGGCGGCGAUAAAGGUGUAACGGGGUUCUGAGGACGAGGAGGAGGUUGAGCGGCAAGUGCACGAGAGAGAGCGAGAGAGGCAGGAAGAGGAAGUGGGUGAGAGAGGGGGAAGACACAGUGGCUUUAAGGGAGAGAGUGCGGUAUAGACACGGCAUUGUGGUGCUGCUGAGAUGUCUGAACAAAGAGGUGAGUGAUUACACUGAUAAUACACACAAGGAGGGGUGUGUGUUUGCAAACAGGUGCUUAUUGUAUGUGUGUGCGCUGUGGCUUAUUAAUUGAUGGAAAUCUUGUGUGCUUAACUCAAUAAGCGAAUUGCUUGAUGGUAUGUUCACGCGCUUGGGCGUCAUGAUUACUGUUGUUUAUUACUCACUGGAAAGUGUGAUUGCAUAUCCACGACAGUAGGUGGCAGUGGUGCUGGCAUGUUUUUUUUUUGCAAGUGGAUCCUUUUUUUUCUGUAUUUCUUUCUGCCUAUCCAUCUUUCCAUCCUGUCUUCCAUUUUAGCCAUCCGGCUACCAAAUCAAGUUUCAUUUAUCAGCUUGGGACAAACAAAUAUGUGAUCUUUCUCAAUCUGCGAAGGAAGAAGACCGUCUGCACCGUGUGACUUCCUGAGCCCAGGAAGUUUUUUUUCUUUUCUUCAGUUUCACAUCAGUGUCCCAUCAUGAACGUCGAGCGCAUCGUCUGCCUUGACUUGUGACAUAUUUGGCGUCUCUGUCCUCACUUCCUCUUUCUUCACUUCUCUGAUUCCUCUUGUCAUCUCAUUAUCAUUCCGAUGCCACAAAACAUCCUCUUAAGUCCCAUCAGAAAACAAAUUUGGCUCAUUAAACGUCGUUUUUUCCCGCCCCUCCUAAGAUUUGCCCUACAAGUUUUGAAUGCAAAACCAAAUGAUGGCAAUUCUGAUCAGGGGGGAAAGAAAUGGCUUCACAAGUUUGCAGGCCGGUCACACGCGCACUUCCACAGAGGCAGGCAGGGGAUCCCGAUCCGUCACAGUGAUGACAUCAUCUCGGUAAUAAACAAGAGCCAAACAAGGGAGUCCCCCGCUUCCUCUGCCGCUCUCAUUGGUUAGCGGGGGAGAAGGCGUCGCCAUGGAAACCUUGAAGGGUGGCGGGGCGUUCAUUCCAAACUCGCACACGCAGCGGCCACUUGUAACUCGGAGGGCUUUUCCUUCUUUGGAUUUUUCUGAACUUGACUGGUGUCAACAAGGCAGCAGACAUGAAAGAGAAGAACCCGUGGUACAAGUCUUGGACGGUGGUGAUUGUCGGCAGCGCGUUGAUUGCCAUUAUCGCCCUGGUGGUGGUCACGGUGGUCCAGAACAUGCCGCUGCAGCAAAAGUACAAGUACGGCAUUGUUCUGGACGCCGGCUCGUCGCACACGACCGUCUUCGUCUACGCGUGGCCCGCCGAGAAGGAUAACGACACAGGCCGGGCCGAGCAGAAACACUCCUGCACUGUCAAAGGGCCAGGUAUCUCCAGCUACGCGGCGAUGCCGUGGAAGGCCGGUCAGACAUUGAGGGAGUGCAUGCUAGAGGUCGAGAAGAACAUUCCCAAGAAACGACAUGCCCAGACGCCCGUCUACUUGGGAGCCACUGCCGGGAUGAGAUUACUCAAUGUGAGGAAUAGCUCGGCAUCCGAGGAGGUGUUCCGGGCCGUGUCAGAGACCCUGCAAACCUUCCCGUUCUCCUACCAGGGCGCCAGGCUCCUCAGCGGCCAGGAGGAGGGCGCCUUCGGAUGGGUCACCGUCAACUACUUGGAAGACCGCCUCAAACAGGGCCUGAAGACCACGGGGGCCCUGGAUCUCGGCGGGGCGUCCACCCAGAUCAGCUUUGUUUCCAAAACGUUCGAUGGCACAGAGUCGCCCGGCAACUCGGUGACCUUCCGGCUGUACGGAAACGAUUACAACCUUUACACGCACAGCUUCCUGUGUUACGGGAAGGAUCAGGCCCUCAGGAUGGCGCUGGCGCACCAAACUCAGGCAGGUCCCCCAAGAAUAAAGGACCCGUGCAUCCACCCCGGCUACGCCGAAAUGAAGGAUUACUCGACGCUCUACGACAGUCCCUGCGUGUCGGACAGGAAGCCCCAGGGAGCCCCCGCGUCUUUCCACCACUCGGGUCUAGGAAACUUCCAACAAUGCCAGGACGUAGUCCGGACCCUCUUUAACUUCAGCCAAUGCAAAUAUAGCCGCUGCUCCUUCAACGGGGUCUACCAGCCAACCGUGGAGGGGCUCUUCGGGGCAUUCUCAGCUUACUACUACACUAUGAACUUCUUCAACCUCACCACCACGUCCUUCCCUCUGGACACGGUCAAGGAAACGAUCGCACGCUUCUGCGCUACACCCUGGCAGGAGGUGAAGCAGCAGAAUCCAGGCACCAAGUUGAAAUAUUUGGUGGGCUACUGCUUUGCCGGCACCUACCUCAUCACACUGCUGACGGACGCUUACAACUUCACCUCAGAGAGCUACUCCAACAUCACAUUCAUACACAAGAUCAAAGGAAGCGACGCAGGCUGGACUCUGGGCUACAUGCUCAACCUGACCAACAUGAUCCCGGCCGAGGCUCCCGACGCACCGCCGCUGCCUUACUCCGGCUACGUGGCCAUCGUCACCAUCAUCGUCGUCUUGCUGGUGGUCCUGCUGGUGCUCAUCGUGCGCGCCUUCGGGCUGAGCUGCUCUAAGCGGCCGCGCGUCGUAUAGACGCGGGCGGCCAGCAUUUUGAAAGACUGCUGUCAGCCUGCACAUGAACUGUCACGUGAAUACAAGACUGUAUAAAUGAAAUAGCCCACACUUAUAUGGUUUCUAAAACACCUUUUAUUAAGUUUUUUUUUUUUUUUUGAUAGAGCCAUGUAAUGUACAAAAUAUACAAAAAUGUAUGUGGCUUUGUCUCGAGCAGGUUUGGUGAGUUGUGCGAUUCUCGUAUUGAAAAAGAAAAACUGAUUUUACUUAAGGCUUGGGAAGAACAUUGAGUGUAAAGCAGGCAAAUGCUGCCCUCUUGUGUUCUUAUCUAUAUUGCACCUGUGCCUUGACAAAGACGGUAAGAGUUUUGUAUGAACGUAACAAUGCUUCUUGCUACCUCUUGGGGAAACUACACUUUAAAAACGGACUUCAAUUAUUCAAAUUAUUAAUCACACUUUUUUUUUUUAGAGCAUUGAGUUUUCACCAUCUUUUCAGUAACAAAUCUGUCAUCUUGUAUAGCAGGCCUUGAAGGAGGUCUGUUGUGACCCAAGCACCUAUUUGGUCAUUAUUUUUUAGGCUACAACGUGCAGGUAGGUGUUUUCAAAUCCAAAGUCGUGGCACGACGCUCUUCCUCUCCCAGCUCCACUUUGACAGGAAGUGGAAACUUAGCCACCCUUCCUUGGCAUUCACGCCCCAGCUCUUAUCGGUGGGGAAUGUUCUACAAAAUAAAAAAUAAACAAAUGACCAGACUUUCAACCUCCA